CCAGGGAGAAGGAGGUUAGGCCCGACCUUUGGGCUCGGGAAAGCCGGACACAGGCUGAAAUGGCCCACACGUGUCGCGGAACCAUCAACCUGUCAACGGCUCAUAUCGAUACGGAGGACUCUUGUAACAUUGUGCUUUCCAAUGGGGGAAGGACAUACCACUUAAAGGCAAACUCGGAAGUGGAGAGGCAACGAUGGGUCACGGCCCUGGAGCUGGCCAAAGCCAAAGCUAUCCGCAUGAGGAACAACCAGUCAGGACCGCUCUGCGGAACCCAUGUUGAUGCAUCAGGGCUGUCUCGGCCAGUGGGUAAGAAGGGCAGCUUGUACCCAUUUGGAUGCAUGCAGCCAAGGAGAGAGCACCGAUAGCUCUGUGAGGCCAGAAAACUGUCAGAGAGCAUUGCAGCUUGCCUUCCUGCUAGGGAUGGGAGUUUCAUGGGGCCGGUCAUGAGGAGGAAACUUCCAGCAGAACUGCCUGGCGUGGCUGGAGUAGUGCACACUGAAGCACAAGGGAUCACAGAAUUGCUGAGGUUGGAAGUGCUGUCUGGAAGUCAUCUAAUCCAACCCCUGUGCAUGGAGCAGGGUCAACUAGAGCUUGCUCAGGAUCUUGUCCGGUUGGGUUUGGCAUGGCUCCAAGGAUGGAGGCUCUACAGCUUCUCUGGACAGCCAGUUCCAGUGUUUGACCGCUCUCCUGGGGUGGGGGUGGGGGGUGUCUUAUUUUUAAGUGGAAUUUUCUGUGCCUGUUGCCUCUUGUCUGGUCAGCAGACACCACUGAGAAGGGUCUGGCUCUGUCAUCUUUAUUCCCCUCAUCAGGUAUUUAUGCACACGGAUAAGAUACCCCUGAGCCUUCUCUUUUCCAGGUGAAACAUUCCCAGCUGUCUCAGUCGCUUCUGCUAUUUUUGAUGCUCCAGUCUCUUAAUGAUCUUUGUGGCCCUUUGCUGGACUUGCUCCAGUUGAGUCCAUGUCGUCUUGGAGAGCCCAGGACUGGGCCCAGCACUCCCGGUUUGGUCUCUCCAGUAGGAACAGGCUUGUUGAGGAUGGAGAAAUAGGUUUGUGUCUAAUGCUGCCUGCGCUUCUGGGGAAGACAGAGGGGGAAGGAAUGAAGGUGUCCUUACAGAGACUUCCUCCUUGGGCACUGCCUGGUGCCCUCCCAGCUCGAGGGAAGGCCUGCCUGGGAUGUGGCAGGGGUCUGUCCUCGGUGGUCCCCGCUGGUGUGCACAGGAAUAGGGGAGCUCUGGGGGAGGUGGCAUGUUUUCUUCUGGGGAGAAGACAGGCGAGUUCAAGUGAGCUUCCUGUGAGUCAUCUCCAGUUGACGAGCGCUAGUGUGGCAGUCUCGGAUGUGGAGAAGCUUUUCUGACUGACUGUGUGGUUUCCAGCAGGUCUCUCUGGAUGUGGCAAGGUGCACUCAGGAGAGGAAAGGAAGUGAUUGUGUUCCCACUCCCUGACACUUGUUUAUCCUCUGAGUAUUCUUCAAGGCCUUUGUCAACAGAGGAAUUAUCAGUGUGUGUGUUUUUUUUUUUCUUUUUAAUUUAAUUUUUUUUUUUGGUGUGUGUGGGGGGGGUAUGUUUCAGUUCUUUCAGCUAUAAUCCUGCUUUAGGAUAAGUAAUGGUAAGUACCUACCUAACUGUUUGGUGAACAGGAGUCCUUAGUCCCUGGAUUGCAAACAACCAGUCUGCAAUUCCUGGCAGU